CCGACGCUCGCCCUCCACCUCCCGACCAACGCCGCUUGCAGCUGACGGCCCUAGAGGUCUCAUAGCUGGACACGCUAAUUGUAUAUUCUCUGCUUGGUGCUGCCUUCUGCACCUUCUGUCGUUUCUUCUGAUCCUCCAGUCCGGUCCUCUCGUCAGUUCGUUUCUCCAAUCGGCAUUUACUUCUAUCUAGACGUGCGAGACGAUGUCUGCCCCUGCUGUCAUCCGCUUCCCGCCGCCGCCGCCCACCCGGAACGAGCUGUCGAGCGAACAGCGCGCGAAGCUCAUCCGUACGAACAAUAAACUCGGUCAGGUACUCGGCAGUACGCCGCAUGUUCUCGACCUCUCAUAUACAGUCGCGCCUGCACCGCAUACCGAGCUUCCGGCCCCUCCCAAGACGCCCACGUCAAGCAGGAAUCCCUUCCGCGGGCACGCCCGCAAGAAGUCUUCUCCCAAGGCUGACCUGGAAGCAAUGCGCAAGGACGCGACGAGCCCAGAUUCCGUCGCCUCGCGUAGGUCGACGUCGAGCGUCCGCGUCAAGACGGACGAGCUUGCAUGGCGCACGCCUUACUCUGUCCAGCGCCCACCUCUUCUGAAGCUCUUGGUCCCUUCUAGCCCCUCUCCUUCCCGCUCGCGCAAGCCUAAUCUCGACACCAUCCCGGGCUCUCCCACGUACGAACCGCUUGCUAGCGCCCCAAUCGAGCCGCCGACGUUCUACAUACCGUCCGACGCGGCAAUGAGGCGCGAGAAGAUGCGCAGGGUGCGGAAGAUGCUCGGGGACGGCGUCCCGCAUGACCUCGUCUUCCCGUCCUCCCCUGAAGAGUCCGAGUCGGAGGACGACUCACCGCUCGUCGCAACCCCCACCUCGACCAUGAGUAGAGAAUGGCUGCUCGUGGACACGAACAAGCCCCUCCCUACCCCCGCGGAGCUGUCCAAGCCUCUCCCCGUUGCGCCCUCGGCGCGAGCUGAGGUCAAGAAGAAAGCGGCGAAGGAGAACGCCCGGCGCGACCGCCUGUACAAGGAGCGGCCGAAGGACAAGCCGUCCAGGAGCGUGCAACGUCUGGAGAGUAUCGAAGAGAACGCGAAGGAAGCCAAGCAUGAAAGCCUGACUGUCGUCGGGGUCUCCGCGAGCUUGGGCAUGCACGGGCGCGGGAAGUCGCGGCGGUUCAUCCAGGGCGACGUGCCGUUCGACCAGAUCGGCACAGCAUGGGGCGGGCAUAUGUGGUGAGCGUCCUGUCGUGAUAUACUUACUUGCGGCUGGCAUUCGUCUCGCACGCUGCGCUCGGGCAAGCUGGUUCUUGCCUGGUCUUGUGCGCAUUUACGUUUACGACUUACGUUUGACGGUCUCGGGAUUCGGAUACUUACGCUGGAUCAUGGCAGUUCGCUCGGUUUCGGAAGGUCAAGGGCUUCGUAUGUCUCUUAAUGUCGGAUUAUGUAUAACUGCUCUCGCUCCAUGUGCGUCCGAAAGUCCAUCUUGUACUGUAACGACCCGAUGCUUAUGCUAUGCGUUCCUUAGGUGUACUUAUAUACCCUCCAUAAAUAAGGCCUCACACAUGUAUUAUAAUCUAGAGCUUAUGUGCUGAUAGUAUUCACUUCAUUCCACAAUCGCACGUAGGGUAUUCUGCCAUGGAACCCUCGUAUGCCGUAUGCUUAUGCUGCC